AUGCUGAUGCGUCAAAUCGACACAAUAGCCAUCUUCCGUCGCCUAUUUAUCACAUGGCGCGUACUGGGCAUCAUCUUAUGGCCAUUCAAUAAAUAUCUGCGCAUUGUCUACGAUUUGUUGAUGAACAUUUUCGUUACCUUCGGCUUUCCAUUGCAUUUGGUGCUAGGCAUCAUUUUCAGCACUAAUCAGGAGCAAUUCUUCAUCAAUCUGGUCAUCGGCAUUGCGAGCGUUUCGUGCACGUUAAAGCAUUUGUUGCUGCGAUAUCGCCUGAGUGAAAUGCUUAUGGUAAAUAAAAUUCUUGCACGUCUGGAUGAACGCGUGCACACCAAUACGGACUAUGACUACUACAAGCGCUUUAUAGAGCGCCCGUGUAAUUUUAUGAUCAAUUUCUUCACGCGCUGCUACUUCGCGGUCAGCAUAACGGCGCUACUCACGGCCUUAGUCACCGGCGAGCUGCUCUAUCCCGCCUUUGUGCCGCUGGCCUGGCGCACCUCGAUUUCGCAAUAUAUUGUGGCCAUACUGUUUCAAUUCGCGGGUGUUUCGCUACAAAUCGUGCAGAAUAUAGCUAACGACGCUUAUGGUCCGGUGGUGCUAUGUAUGCUUUCUGGGCAUGUGCACCUGCUAGCGAAUCGGGUGUCGCGUGUUAGCCAUAGCAGCGAAGAAAACAUCGCAGAAAAUAGUAGUGAUUUGGCACUUUGCAUCGAGGAUCACAAACUGCUGCGGAGCACCUCCAGCACAGUGGAGCGCAUCGUCUCGGCCAGUUAUCUGGUGCAAUUUGUUGGUGUUGGCAUCAAUCUGUGCGUUGGCCUCGUCUAUUUGCUUUUCUUCGCUGACAACUAUUUUGCCUAUGUCUACUACAGCCUACACGUAACGGCCAUAAUGAUUGAGUUAUUUCCUUGCUGCUACUUUGGCAGUAUGCUGGAAUGUGAAUUUCACGAUUUAUCUUAUGCAAUUUUUAGGAGCAACUGGCCUACUCAGCCACGCGCAUUUCGGCGGAAUGUUGUUAAUUUUACAGAGUUGACGCUAAGAGAGGUCACCCUAUAUGCUGGCGGUAUGAUACGAAUCAAUUUGGAUUCCUUCUUUGCCACAUGUAAAAUGGGGUACUCAUUCUUCACCGUUAUACAAAGCAUGAAGUAA